UUACCACAAUGGCAGCCGUAGUGAAUAUCUUAAUGCGGCUUUUGAAAUGUAUGGUUUCUGUUUACUAUUUUCAGCGUUUUAUCUGAAACUCAACAACUGAGUCCAGUCUUCGACCUUUAUCCUAGAACACAGGAUAAAAGAUGCAGGUUAUUGAGCAUCCUGUUGAGAGACUGCACACUGCUCUCCUGUCCACACGGAAAGAUCUAAUAGAAACAUACCAACAAUUCAGCAGACCAGAGAAGACACUUUUAGAAGAAGGACUCCGGCCUGGCAAUUCACUUUUCAACCCCAUCACCAUUCACUCCGACUCAGACUGGAUUCCUGCACAUCCAGAGGAUCCGCAAGACUUUCAGAGUUUUUACAUUAACCCUUACCGCCGUUCUCCAAGCAGUGGGCAUAAUACCAUCUACAUUCAAACUAUUGGCUCUUUUGGGGAAGGAGCGGUUGUGGCAGAGCAGUAUGUUGAAUGGCUGAAGGACUACUGCCAGGCAUUUUAUUAUGGACUAGCGGUCAAGCUUUUACCACCGGUAACAGUUGCUUCAACAGCCUGUUCAUUUCGCAUCAACGACAACACAUACAACCUUCAGCUUCAUGCUGGAGAGCUGUUGAAUUUCUUGAAAAAGAAGAAGCCCAGAGAUGCCUUUUGCAUUGUGGGGAUCACCAUGAUUGACUUGUACCCCAGAGAGUCAUGGAAUUUUGUUUUUGGCCAGGCUUCUCUCACUGAAGGAAUGGGAGUAUUCAGCUUUGCCCGAUAUGAUGAUCAUUUUUACCAGAGAAGCUAUGCAGGACGGCUGAAGAAGAAAAUUAAACUGAAGCAAGGAGACUAUUCAGUGUUUGAGAAUUACUACACUCCUCCAAUCACUAGCACUCUCCUCCUCCGCUCCUGCAAGACCCUGACGCAUGAGAUUGGACAUAUAUUCGGUGUGAAGCACUGCCAGUGGCUAAACUGUGUCAUGCAAGGCUCCAAUCACUUAGAGGAGUCUGACCGUCGACCACUUGACCUUUGCCCCAUCUGUUUGCGUAAACUACAGUCAGCCAUUGGAUUCAAGAUAGCCGGCAGAUACAAGGCCUUACUGCACUGGAUUGAAGAUGGAGCUGCCAGCAGUGGACAACAUUCAAAACCCACUCAAGCCUUCCAAGAGUAUAAACACUGGUUGUAUAAGUGCUUACGAAUAUUGGAAGGUGAAAAAUCAUGAGCCUGCCAAUAUGAUCUUUUGCUUCCUUCAAGUAAUGUCAAGGCAAGUGGAGACAUGCUAUAUGCACAUUCUUGAGCUCUGUUUAGAGCUUUGGUGAGAAAGCUUCUGCAAAGAAAAUAAAAGUAAAAGUGUAUGUAAAUAGUGCUUUUUAUUUGUAUGGAUCAAACUAAAUAAAGUUUUAUUUCUCUCUUUUGAGUUAAAUCAGAAAACAAUUUUGAGACAGUCUAAAAAAUUUUAUUUUUCGAUCUGAUUUGAAGAUUAUAAUAACAAUUGUGUCUAUUGCGCAGAAACAGAAGACCUCACAAAACCACAUAUUCACAUUUCACUGAACAUACAGAAAAUAUAAUUCCUUUCCAUUAUAAAAUUCAAGUCAUGUGACAGUUUUUCAAUAACAAAUAUAGUUUUACUAAAGAGGUAAGUGAUGAAGCAGUCUUAUAAGACACUUUCACUUUUGAAUUUGGCGUUGCAUUACAUUGGAAAUCCUUUGUCUUCAUUUCACAGUUACAUCAACCUGAGCUCUGUAAAGCCUUGAAUUCACAGUUAUCUCUAUAUAAUAGAGAUGCAAAUGUAAUCCACAGUUGAACACUGCAUCAUGAGCAUCGGAAGACUAAACAACACGAUUUGCAUUAAUAAAGUUGUUUACCCGGUUUUAGUAUCUAGUUAGAAGACAGGUGUUGUAGUAUGCUAGUUGAAAAUUGAAAGCUCUUUUGCAAUUAUUAAACAAGGUUCAUUUUAAAAAUAAAGUAUCACAUACCUCUUUCUAA